AUGACGGCUGUUGGCAAGUGGGCCGUUGGGAACUCCUACGGUCCCAUCCUGACUCAGACCGACCUGUAUUUGCUGGAGAAUGUUUCGUUGGAGUUGCAUCCAAUUCUUACUGGGGAAGCCUCAAGCUUCCAGCUUAUAUUCAACCUUUCAACAGGCCAAAUAUCAGGCUAUAACGGAGAUGCGUCAAAUAACGACCUACCAUUCGAUGCGAAGGACCAGCCUGCGACGUUGCCGCGCGUGGACACGCUAAUCAUCAUCACGGAGAUCAGUCCUUGGUGUACCAUCGUGAAGAAUCCCGCAGGUGUCACCCUCAGCGACGUUUGCACUACCCUCUGGAGAGAAUACACGGACAAUGCUAUCACGGACAAAGAGCUGGAGGCACUCCCUGGCCGUAUUCAAGAGCAGAUCAAGCGAAUCGCGACAGGUAGUUCCGGCAACGGUUGGAAUUCGUUCUACUCGCCCGCUCCGACAGGCACGUCUCGACCGAAGCGGUCCGACUGGCUUCGCGAGAGGAUCUUCUUUGAGCGACUGUCCAGGAAAGACCAAUACGCAAAGCAACGCCUGGGGUUCUCUGCGCCGAACAUCUUCGUGCUCAGUCUAAGCCAAUAUUAUUGA